AUGGAGCCAGAAAACAAUGAUAUGGUGGUUUACGAGGGUGGAGAACACAAUAAGCAACCUAGGGGAUUGAUGGAGGAUUAUUCGGAUGAAUUUUCUACCGAACAAAUAUUUGAGACACGAGAAGCUCUACUUGAGUGGGUUAAAGGUGUUGGUAGACGCCACGAAAUGGUGAUAAACACUUUCGUUUCAAAUCCGGGAUUGAAAGGGCGUAGAAGACCGUAUGUAAUACUCGCAUGCGAGCGUGCGGGUGAAUAUCGUGGGAAGAAGAAAGCCGGUGAGGAUGACCGAGGAGAGGGAAAGAGGAGGACGGGUUCUAAAAAAUGUAAUUGCACAUUUAGAUUAAAGGGGGCAAAACAAGGAAAGGAUACUGAUAAUGUUGGGUGGGAUUUAAAAGUUCAAUGUGGUACUCACACCCACACGGAUUUCGAGAACUUGCACGACCACUCUUAUGCCGGGAGACUAACAAAAGAAGAGAUGGUACUUGUUGAAGGAAUGUCUAAAGCAAUGGCGAAGCCGAAGGCGAUUCUCAAAUCAUUGAAGAUAAGGGACGAGACGAAUGUAACUGGAAUGAGGAAAAUUUACAAGUAUCGUCAGAAAUUGCAAUUGAAAGAGAGACUUGGAAGAACUCAAAUGCAAGAAUUGUUUGCAAGGUUGUCAAAAGAUAAGUGUACCUUCUACCAUAGAGUUAACAAUAAUAAAGAGGUAAUCGAUAUGGUGUGGACUCAUCCGAGUUGUGUUAAGUUAGCUCGUAGCUAUCCGUACGUAUUCAUCAUGGAUUGCACAUACAAAACCAAUCAAUAUAAACUCCCAUUACUUGAGAUUGUUGGCUUUACAUGUACGCACAAGACGUUCUCCAUUGCCUUUGCUUACUUGGAGUACGAAAAGACGGAGAACUACGUUUGGGCAUUGCAAAGUUUGGAGAAGAUACUCGGAAAUUGUCCUCCGCCUAAUAGCAUCGUAACUGAUCGGGAAUUGAGUUUAAUGAAAGCGAUUGGGGAUGUAUAUCCAACCAGUCAUCACUUGUUGUGUCGUUGGCAUGUGAACAAGAAUAUAUAUUCCACCUGUAAAGCGAUGUUCUCAUCUGAGAAGUUGUGGAAUCAGUUUAAUAGAGAUUGGGCGACUCUUAUUGAAGUGGAGUCCGAAGAGAUAUUCAAUAGAGAUUGGGAGAAAAUGCAACGGACUUUUGUUGAUUAUCCGGAUGCCAUAGCAUAUCUUACCAAAUCAUGGUUGGAUCCGUACAAGGAGAGGCUUGUAUCGGCAUGA